AUGGGGGGCUCCAUGGCUGCUCUUAUGGCGGCGGCGGCGGCGGUGUCGCUGCUGAUGCUGCUGGUGUCUUUGGCGGCCACGGACAGAUACGAUCAGGAGACCCGUCGGAUCUUCGUGGAGUGGAAGGGCAAGUACGGACAGUCCUAUAAGGACGUCGGCGAGGAGGAGUGCCGGUACGCGGUGUUCAAGGACACCCGCCGCAUUGUCGACCGGCACAACGCCGCCAGGAUAACCUCAUCCGGCCUCAACGGUCUCAGCGCCCGCAGCAGAGAGGAGAUUCUUCGCGGGAAAGGUUUCCGGAUGGGGGAGGUAUCCUACGAGCAGGAGACCCGCCUCAUGUUCGUGGGGUGGAAGGCCAAGUACGGGAAGACCUACAAAGACGCCGGCGAGGAGGAGUGCCGGUACAAGUUGUUCAAGGGCAAUCGCCGCCUCGUCGUCCAGCUCAACGACGCCGCCGGGGAAACCGCAUACGGCCUCAACCAAUUGGGCGACCUCACCAACGAGGAGGUCCGCGCAUGCUGCUACGGGCGUGGGGAGUUCCGGAACAACCCGGAGAUAGAUGGAAAGCUGAGCGCCAGGUGCCAGGCCGCUGCCGCCGACCUUGUGGACACCGUCGAAGGGAGGCUGAGCCUGAGGACCACUCCGUCGCCUCGCCGCCGCCGCCCGCCGCCCGCCCGCAGCCUCUCCGAUUGGAUUCCUCCGCAGAAUCACCCCCACACCCGAGGUGAUGCUGAAACAAAGAUUGCCUUGCUCGUAGCAGAUGGCGAGGACCCAGGGAGGAAGGAAACCAUGUUGUUCCCGCAUGGCGCCGGUAAUUUGGGUGGCGUGCAGGAUGCAGCUUCCCCUAACGCUACUAGUGCGCCUCAUACGCUCGUCAUCAAGAAUAUCCCCAUUUGGUAUAGUAAUUUGGUGUUGUUCAAACAAGAAAGUUUAAGACGCCCAAGACUGAAGGUGAUGGUUUUUGCAGAUCAAGUGGUGGCCACUUUGUGGAGGGAUGUGGUUCAGUCCAUGGAAGACGUGAGGAUGCUCUCAUGUAGUACCAAGGGGCAGCUGCACGACAAAGAGUUGGGAGCAGGGACGCGAGCUGGUGCAUGAGAGGCGGAAGUUCAGACGGUUCAUUCAGAGCAUAUACGACUUCUGUAUCUUUUCUAAAGAAG